AUGGUAAAGAUGAUGAUUGCUGUAUCAGCGCUUUACGCCAUAUCGCAAUUGCCACGCCACGUGAUCUAUCUUUACGGCACGGUGGUGAACUGGGCUUCUCGUGACCUUGCCAUUGCCUGGACCUUCGUGGUGUUGCUGAGCAGCUCGGCCUCCUGUUACAACCCCUUCAUUUACGCGUGGAUGAACCAGACCUACCGAACAGGCUUUUCUCGUGUUCUGUGCUGCUGCUGUGUCAGAUGGCGAAACAAGCAGCCCCCGGAGGGGCGUUUCAAGAGCCGCUCCACUGAUGAGUUUUAG